AUGGAGAACAACAAGAUUUCUGAAGCUCGCUUCGCCGAGAUCAUGGCGGUUGUUGGUAGUCCUUUCGAGUUUCCCCCAUCAGUCUACAUGCAGAGACUCGAGGAAGAAACGAAGCGCGGUAACAGCUUGGUUCCGUUCUUGAACAAGACAUCUAGAGUCGACACCACCCCUCGUCAGUCACCCAAGUCGUGGCUUGAGAAGCUCGCCACCACGGACUUUGUGAUGGAACGACGUAAGGACAAGACUUCUACCUCAUCCUUGGAGCCCACUGAGUAUGUCCUUGUCAUCGAUGCCGUUGCGCCUGGGCAUCCUGUCUGGCUGAUCUAUAAUCGCAACUCAAUUAAUGAUAUCGGUGAACCAAUUACCGCUAGCCCAGCUGACCCUGACACUCCACUGGCCUUCAAAUAUUUUCCCACUGUCAACGACUGGGUCCAGUCUUAUGGGAAUGUCGACCGCACUAAAUUUGAGGAGUCUAUCAAGGCGACUUGUAUCACCGGGGCUGUGGAGGUUAAGGAGCUUCCCUUGGCGGAGGCUGAAGAGCAUUUCCGCCAGUAA